AUGGGCGAAGGCGCGCAGGCCUCAGGGAUUGCGGAGGGGGUCGAGAAAGAGCAGCAGCAGGAAGACGAAGAGCACCAUCAACGCCCGCAACAACGAGAAGAUGAACUUGAACAGGAGCAAGGAAAAGAGCCAAAGAAGAAGAGGAAGAGAAGAACCAUCGCAUGUCUCCAGUGCCGGAACCGGAAGGUCAAAUGCGACCUCGAGUUUCCUUCCUGUGGCCGCUGCGCAAAGGGACCGUGGCCGGAUGCCUGUGUCUAUGAGAACCCUGGGCCUGCAUGGAACAACCCCAGCUCUCUGUCUGCCUCACGGCCUCUCUCGAGCGAGCAGGCAAGGUCUCGCGCAGAUGCAGGUGUUCGUGAUGCUCGCGGCGACGCCGCGAGUCCGCGACUGAGUGAAGAGCAGAGGAUACGCGAGCUCGAGCGUGUGGUCCUCAGCUUUGCCCAAUCGCAGGCCUAUGCAAAGCAAGGGAUGCUGGGAAGAUUGCCGUCCAGGGCUGCGACUGGGGAUCUGGAGCUGCACCAACAUACUCCUUCGCCGCAUUCGACUCAGCAUUCUCGUGAUGAGGCCGGUUCGGGUUGUGUUGCUGCUUCUGCUUCUACUUCAACCGCUGCCAGGAUAGAUGCCCCCAAUAGGUCGCAUCUCGGAGGCAGAGGUAAUAGAACUCGCUUCUACGGAUCUAGUAAUGUAGCAAGCCUAAUAACCGAGUUUGGUGACCUCCACGCCUAUCUCAAAGACCUGAGGAGUGGGUUUCCUGCAUUGGCCAGGGUACAUCAUGAUCUGAAGGCACUCAAAGAUACCCGUUCUAAGGAGCCGCCCUCUGGGGAGCUGUCUCUUGAUGCGGUCUUUCUCAGCGGACUGCUCCCGGCACGGUCUGUGACCUACAAUCUGGUCCAGUACUACUUUGCCUUUUCAAGCAGCACAUACCAUGUCCUGCACAAACAGACGUUUUAUGACCGUCUGCAGGAUCUUUACCAGCAGCCUCAGCUUGUCUCGGCGUCGUUCGUCAUACAGUUACUCCUCGUCCUGUCCAUAGUAUGGAGUGUAGAUGCACCCGAGUCAGUAACCCCUUCAAGCAACAAGGAAGUCACCCACGGCAUGGCCAUGGAGUGGAUAUACUGGGGCGAUGCCUGGCUUUACCAUUCGGGAAUAAAGCGACCGAACAUGGCCCUCUUACAGACCCGUUGUCUUCUCGUCCUUGCAAAAGAGGCCAACUAUACACGCAAGAACCAGGCUUGGGCUGCUACGGGAACAACCGUAAAGCUGGCUAUGUCGGCAGGCUACCAUCGAGAACUGGGGCCUGACGCAAAAAUAUCCCAUUUCGACAGGGAGAUGCGACGGAGGAUUUGGUCGACAAUCGUGGAAUUGGACCUUAAUGCAUCCUUCGAUCGAGGGAUGCCGCCUACCAUUCAAGCUACAGAUUAUGACACCUCCCCUCCUAUAAACAUCAAUGAUGAAGACUUACUAGAGUCGGCUACCCACCAUCCAGAACCGAAACCCUGGCAGGUACUGACCGAUUCUUCCUUUCAAGUCACAUUAUCCAGAUCGGUUGACUUACGGUUGCGUAUUUGUGGCCUUGUUAACGCUCCUCGGGUUACUAUUUCUGCAUCCCAGUUGUCGGAAAUAGACGAUGAGAUAACUCGACACCUCUCAGAAGUCCCUCGAACCUGGGAAAGUUUUGAGUCUACAGAUUUACGACAGAGGCAGCGAGUGAUGCUCUGGAGGGCCUUAAUAGAGAUCCAGCUAAGACGCAGCCAGCUGUGCUUGCACUCAUGCUGUGCCUUGAGUGAUCUACAAGGGUCUGUCUUCAAUUAUUCUUGGAGAGCUAGACUCGAGGUUGCUAUGGAAAUGCUCUGCCAGCAGCAGCAACUGGUAGAGCACCUGGGUAGACUGGCAUGGCCUGCUCUUACAGACAUUACCUUUCAGGCAGCGCUGACCAUAUGUCACUACAUGUGCAGGUCUGAUCGUGGAUUCGCCUCAUACAUCAUCCAAGCGACUGUGCCGGCAAUAACAGAGUCACUUAUAACCUUGGUUGAAAAAACACUACCACACCUGGAGAGCAAGUUCCUCAUCCUGGAGAAGGGCAUGAGGGAGUACUGCUUUUUCUGCGUGAUUAUUUCGCUGGUGAAGUCGAAGCGUUGGCCCGAGUCGACUAUAUCGCAUCAAAGGCGGGCAGUUGAUCACAUUAGCCGCAUGUGUUAUAGCAUCUUAUCUCGGAGCACCAGCACUAGAAGCCAAGACGAUGAUUCCUCAAAAGUGCCAGAAGCAGCAGGAGAUAGCUCAGGGAACAUGGCUCCCAUGCCUAUACCACCUCCCCAUUUGCCCACCGACCAUAUAUACUCCAACUCUAGCGAGAUAGCAGAUUUCGGAACAUUUGGAGACUGGGAUUUUCUCUUUGGUGACUUCACAACGGAUCUUUCUGGGUUUGGAGUAAUAUGA